AUGAGUCAAGAGAAUGAGACGACCGACACGAUUUUGUGUUUGUCACUGAACGAAAGUCGCACUGAGAUAGCAGUAGGUACGUUGGUUGGGUUUUAUGUGUUUACUGUUGGAGACCAGUUAGAGCGAAAGUACUUUCAAAAAAUAGGAGGGAUAGGUGUCGCGGAACUUUUAGGGAAUUCUGAAAUAUUGUUGGUGGGUGGGGGAUCACAUCCUUUUAUGAGCGACUCUGAAAUUGUUGUUUACGAUAUGAAUACAAACAAAGUCAUCAAAGAGAAACAGCGCCACUACAAUCGUCCCAUUCGAAACUGUCGCGCUACUUCCAGUGACAUCUUCAUCGCAUCAGACCAAACCAUUGACGUCUUCAAAACACUUACAAGCGUUCCUCAGAUAUUCGACACCGGGGAGAAUCCAAGAGGCAUAUUUUCAGUGUGCUACAACAGAAGAAUCUUUGCGUAUCCCUCCGCACAAAUGGGACGAAUUAUAGUCCACGACUUGGAUAAUAGGUAUGACAUCGCAACAUUCCCAGCACACGAACAUGACAUAUACACGAUGUCUCCGUCCUUUGAUGGAGUCCUCGCAACAGUGAGUCAGAACGGAACGAUUCUACGAGUUUGGGAGACGGACAGUGGGACACUAGUCAAAGAGAUGAGAAGGGGGUCAACAUCUGCCAAUGUCUAUUGCGUCUGCGUGUCUGACGAUAAACGGUUUGCCGUGUUACAUAGCAAUAGUGGCACUGUACAUGUAUUUUCAUUAUGUGAAGAGUAUAAAAACCAAGUUGGAGUUGUUGCGGGACUCAUUUCGGGGAUGAUGGGAUGGGUCGGGAAGAAGGAAAACGUUGCCGAGUAUUCAGCCGUUACUAUUCCGAAAAUAGUCCCAGGCGUUCAGACGUGUGUGUGCUUCUUACCAUCGGAAAAGUGUCAGAUUGGGCUUUUUACACUGAGCGGUAAAUACAUCAAAAUCGGAUUAACCUUAAAUACACAUAACAAGACCAUCACCAACGAAGAUCCACAAACAAUCGCUUUUGACUUGGAAUGA